AUGUCGGCUGGGAGGAUUACCAACCAGAACUUGUUUCUGGUUGGGGAUAUAUUCCUAACGCUUCUCCGUAGUGGUCGUUCUCUUUCUAUCGGUGCACUUCGCUCGACAACCUUAAGUGUGAACAAUGUGUCCCGCCCAUCAAUAAAUGUCACCAUCAUGAAAGCAUUACGAACCACCAUCAAAAUUACUGGCCAACUCCUCACCAUCAUCCCUACUCAAGCCUCGCCUGAAACCGCAAUUUUGUUUCUGUGGAACAGAGGAUACGUAACUUCUCGCUCAGUGAUUCAAGGUACAAUGUCUGCGACAGAGCAUGUCAUUAUCAUCACUGUCCCUGACGACAUCAAUACGGACGACUUCUCUCAAGUCAAUGGUGGCCAGAGCACUUGGCAGAUUGCGCAAGACACUCUUCAAGCAGCAUGCAAUCUCCUUUGGGUCAAGGCCACCGAUAUGGAUGUAUCACUCAAUUCUAUUGCAGUUGUCAUCCCAUCAGAUCCCAAGGUGUUCCCAUAUCAAUUCGCUGAUGGUACAUUAGCUGUUGUCUCCGUUGAAGCAAGCACCCAACUCGCUACAUCCAGAGGAGAACGCGUCACGACUUGCCUGUUAUGCGAAGCCAAAGUAUCCGGCAUGCGGCCUCAUAUGGGCCUUCAUAUUUUGCGAGUGUUGUAUCACAUACCCGAACCCAACAUGAAAGACUCGGUUGGUACCAUUCUUCCAUUUAUGGCCAGCGGUCCUCUUAAUUGGGAGACAAAGUGCGCGUACAAGCACACAUUUAGAUACGGCUUUGCAGACACAGGCUUGGCGAACACACUGUCCCGCAAUGUGCCCGUCAAAUGUGACCUCUGCCACCCUGCGCUUGUUCCUGAGCUUGGAAAGUCCAAGCGAAGAGCACACGAGGGUUACGUCGAAGGUGUCUGGUGUUACAACAUGGUGGAGCAUAUCCUGACCGAACACGAGGGGUAUGCGGUUCCUGGGCAUAGAGAGAUUGGCGCUGCUUUGCCGGAGGGUGUAUGGUUGACAAUGAAACUCGAAGAACUAGAACAGAAGGCUGCAGGUAUUCCACGGGAGCGUUUCCAAGUGUUGCCUCCUCCAGCCAUGGUGACCACACACGACAAAGAGAAUAAUCCAAUUGUGUCAGGCUCUCGCAAACUCAAGUGUUCUGGAACACAGAUCGGUACUUCUCGCCCCUCAAAGAAAGCUCAUGCAGCUUCUAGCAGACUUCAAGUCAGUUUUUCAGCAGUCACUUGAUAUUUUGCUUCACACUUCACUAUUCCUCGUUGCAUAUCUCACGUUCAGAUCACUCAUGCUUUCUACGUGUUUUCCGAACUGCACGUUCAUGUAUAUGUAGCUUGCUUGCGCUCGUUUGCCCCUCCCUUGUAUCAGUACUGGGACUUGGUUUGCAUUGAGAUUGUGUGACUA